UUCGAGCAAUAUUGACUUCCAGUUUCCAAAGAGUCUAACCCCCCAAAAAUGUCGUCCAAGCUUAUCGUUCUGUCUGCCCUGAUUGCCGUGGCCAGCGCUGGUCUGCUCCCAGUUGCCGUGAAGCACGUGGAAUAUGCUGAAGCACCCGCCGAGUACCAGUUCCAGUACUCCGUCCAUGAUGACCACACCGGAGACAUCAAGAGCCAACAGGAGGAACGCCACGGAGACAAUGUCGUCGGACAGUACACCCUGAUCGAUGCCGAUGGUUACCGUCGCGUUGUGGACUACACCGCCGAUGAGCACAACGGAUUCAACGCCGUCGUCCGCCGUGAACCUCUGACCCAGAAGGUCGUCAAGGCCGUCAAGGUUGUUGCCCCAGUUCAGCACUACGUCUCGGCCCCGGUUGUGCACAAGGUUGCUCUGCCAGUGGCCAAGGUCGCUUACCCAACCUACUAUCACCACUAAAGCAUUGAUAGCAAAAUUAGUCAAACGUUAUUGUUGAAAUAAAUUUUGAAGUUGACACAA